AUGUUUGCCCCAGGCCAAGAACAGAUCUCCAAGGAAGAGUUGAAGGCCGGUGAGAUUGAGGCCAGCCAGAACGUCCGCAUGGCUAUUGCCGGUGCUUUCAUGCUCUACCUGUCCCCCUUCGCCGUCGACUUCCUCCGCAAGCUGCUUUAA